AGCGGUUUGUUUUUCGGAGCGUUCCUGAGGUGGAGAACAGUGGCCGGUCGGAGCGACUUCUGGACUUCAGGACUCGCAGGCGGGCCGGCCGAGUGGCGCCGCCGAGGCCGGGUUGGGCCGAGCCUGGGAGCGCCGGGGAUGUAGCGGGCCACCCUGCUCAUGCCACAGCGCCCGGCCGCGGCCGGAGCCGGAGCCUGGGGAGGCGGCGGGGGCCCCGAGCGCAGCCCACGGCCCCCGCGCGGAGCCAGGCCCGCUGCCGUCCCCGCCGCCCGCUCCCCCGGCAUGCAGCCCCGGCUGCGGAGGUGACACUUCUGGGCUGUAGCCGCCACCGCCGCCUCCGCCAUCGCCACCAUGGAUGAACAAGAGGCAUUAGACUCGAUCAUGAAGGACCUGGUGGCCCUCGGGAUGAGCCGACGAACCCGGGUGUCUGGAUAUGAGACCAUGAAGAACAAGGACACAGGUCACCCAAACAGGCAGAGUGACGUCAGAAUCAAGUUUGAACACAAUGGGGAGAGACGAAUUAUAGCAUUCAGCCGGCCUGUGAGAUACGAAGAUGUGGAGCACAAGGUGACAACAGUCUUUGGGCAGCCUCUUGAUUUGCAUUAUAUGAAUAAUGAGCUCUCCAUCCUGUUGAAAAACCAAGAUGAUCUCGAUAAAGCCAUUGACAUUUUGGAUAGAAGCUCAAGUAUGAAGAGCCUUAGGAUACUACUGUUAUCCCAGGACAGAAACCAUACUAGUUCCUCUCCCCACUCUGGAGUGUCCAGGCAGGUUCGGAUCAAGCCUUCCCAGUCUGCAGGGGAUAUAAAUACCAUCUACCAAGCUCCUGAGCCCAGAAGCAGGCACCUGUCUGUCAGCUCCCAGAACCCUGGCCGAAGCUCUCCUCCCCCUGGUUAUGUACCUGAGAGACAACAGCACAUUGCCCGGCAAGGAUCCUAUACGAGCAUCAACAGCGAAGGUGAAUUCAUCCCAGAGACCAGCGAGCAGUGUAUGCUAGAUCCCCUCAGCAGUGCCGAAAAUUCCUUGUCAGGAAGCUGCCAAUCCUUGGACAGGUCAGCAGACAGCCCAUCCUUCAGGAAAUCACAAAUGUCCCGAGCCCGGAGCUUCCCAGACAACAGAAAGGAAUGCUCAGAUCGGGAGACCCAGCUCUAUGAUAAAGGUGUCAAAGGUGGAACCUAUCCCAGGCGCUACCAUGUGUCUGUGCAUCACAAAGACUACAAUGAUGGCAGAAGAACAUUUCCCCGAAUACGACGGCAUCAAGGCAACCUAUUCACUCUGGUGCCCUCAAGUCGCUCCUUGAGCACAAAUGGCGAGAACAUGGGUGUAGCUGUGCAAUACCUGGACCCCCGUGGGCGCCUACGGAGUGCAGACAGUGAGAAUGCUCUCACUGUGCAGGAAAGGAAUGUGCCAACCAAAUCUCCUAGUGCUCCCAUCAACUGGCGUCGGGGGAAGCUCUUGGGUCAAGGUGCCUUCGGCAGGGUCUACUUGUGCUAUGAUGUGGACACAGGACGUGAACUUGCUUCUAAGCAGGUCCAGUUUGACCCAGAUAGUCCUGAGACAAGCAAGGAGGUGAGUGCUCUGGAGUGUGAGAUCCAGUUGCUGAAGAACUUGCAGCAUGAGCGCAUUGUGCAGUACUACGGCUGCCUGCGGGACCGUGCUGAGAAGAUCCUCACCAUCUUUAUGGAGUAUAUGCCAGGGGGCUCUGUAAAAGACCAGUUGAAGGCCUACGGAGCUCUGACAGAGAGUGUGACCCGCAAGUACACCCGGCAGAUUCUGGAGGGCAUGUCAUACCUGCACAGCAACAUGAUUGUGCAUCGGGACAUCAAGGGAGCCAAUAUCCUCCGAGACUCAGCUGGGAAUGUGAAGCUUGGGGAUUUUGGGGCCAGCAAACGCCUACAGACCAUCUGCAUGUCAGGGACAGGCAUGCGCUCUGUCACUGGCACACCCUACUGGAUGAGUCCUGAAGUCAUCAGUGGCGAGGGCUAUGGAAGAAAGGCAGAUGUGUGGAGCCUGGGCUGUACUGUGGUGGAAAUGCUGACAGAGAAACCACCUUGGGCAGAGUAUGAAGCUAUGGCUGCCAUUUUCAAGAUUGCCACCCAGCCUACCAAUCCUCAGCUGCCCUCUCACAUCUCAGAACACGGCAGGGACUUCCUGAGGCGCAUAUUUGUGGAAGCUCGUCAGAGACCCUCAGCUGAGGAGCUGCUCACACACCACUUUGCACAGCUAGUGUACUGAGCUCUCAAGGUUAUGCAGCUGCCAGCUGCCACCUGCUGAGCAGGCAAGAGGCUGCUGUCAGGCUCAGUGAAGUUGCUGCUUCUUCCAGGCAAGGCUAUGACCAGUGGAGCAUCGGUCCAGCCAUUGUUUGUCUGUGCCCCAUCUGCCACUGGGACUCAAAGCCAGGAUGGGAUAGCUCUGGCAUCAAGACUGGGAGCUCCAGCCUGUUGUAAGACCCAAGAGCUUUAGCAUCUUAAGCUCAGUAUGGCGGGAAGGGCUGGGAACAGUAUGCAAGACUGCCAUGGGUCCUGCCUACCUUCAGAUGUGUCCUAACACUGCAGACAGCACUGAAGUCAAGAGGGACUGGGCACAGGAUGUCCUCAAGGGUAUGAAUAGUGUUACUUCAUUCAGAGUGUUACUUUGUUUUUCUCCCAAUGUUUGGAGACCACCAGCGGAUCUCUGGGCUGCCUAGCAUCCCCCAGCCAACAGAAGGUAGAGGUUUGGGCUACCCCACUAAGAGUUUCCAGGUAUGCGGUGUCAGUCCUGUCUUACCAAAGAUGAAUGAAGCAAAUGUUAUGCUGCCUUAUUCUGGGAAGGAGGAGCUACCCCGAUAAGCAGGGCCUGAGAAAUGGAGCUGCCUCCAGAAACUGGGGAGACCCAGUCUUGUCAAUGCAAUUGUCUCUGUUUUACAAGUUGGAGUCACUCUUAUGCUGUUCCCAGUUUUAAAACUGGAGACUUUGCCCUCUGAGCUCUGGAGACCCAUGUGGGCUUAGGCCUGGGACUGGAUGGGAGAGCUGAUGGCCUCCACCCCCGGCCUGCCCUCUGUUCCCUCACUGGAGCAGAGAAAGUAGACAACACAAGUCAGGGCACCUGGUUCUGGGCAGCUCAGCAAAGUGCUCAGGCUGUCUGCAUCUCAAAUCUGUCAGGCCUGAGCCAAUUCCAUGGGACAGAAAGUCCUUGAGCUGCCACAACCGUGUCCAAAGCCACCAGCUGUGUUCCUCAGCCCGCCUUGUCCACUUAUCAUCAGCCUCAUACCCUUCUUGUUACUCCCACAAAGGAGGAUGCCAGUAGGGGCUAGGGAAAGAGUUAUCUCCAAGCAGCUUAGAGUUGGCCAUAUUUACCUCAGCCUGGGUGCUGGUCCUUUCUUCCAGCCCCUUUCUUCCCCUCCAAAUGUGCCUAUUUCUAGAGCUCCUCCCUCCCAACUCCCACAUUUUUGGGAGUUAUCAUUAAAGGAAAGAAGGAAAAAAAAAAAAAAGCCAGUGCCCAGGGAUGGGCAUCUCCAGGGAGCUGGGGAUUAGUGCCAGGCAGCUCUUUGCCAGCCAUGCCCACUUCCCCAUGGGCACAGAACAAGCCAAAGCCUUCGUUGUAUGUUGACGAUGCACUUUUAUGAAUGUAGUUUCUAUCGCUGUUUUUAGCCUUUUCACAUCAUGUAAUGUGAGGCCUUGUACUUGUUAAUUUAUAUCUCAGAUCCA